CAAACCUGUAACUGAAAAAGAUGUUAUUUGAAGAUGGGCAGUUCUUGCAGCAGUUCUGUCGGUAAUGGUGUACAACAGGCAACCAGUCCUCCUAUUUCCUCAUUGAAAAAUUCUACUGCAGAAAACAGGAUUAGUACCUGGUUUGACAUCCACACCAUUACCAAAAAACUGAGUUUAAAAAGGCGGAAGUACAACAUACAACUAAGGGGAUCUAUUUAUAGCUCGGAUGAUGGCGAUUUUAUAACGAGUCCCAUAGCUAUUUUGAAAAUUAACAUAGAUGUAACAAAGAACUCGAGCUCGUCGUAUAGUAAAAUCUCACCAAUCAAAAAGAGUCAUGGUGUUCUCAAAGAUCCAUCUGUUGAUUGGGGAGAGCUGCGCAUCCAAAAACAAGUACCGAGAAGCCUGCCACCGAUAUUACAAACAGGGGUUACAACUAUAUAUGGCAUUCUUGAAGAAGACAGCCCAUUAUUAGCAAAUGUGACAUUAACAGGCACAGUAGACAAAAAUGAGUUCGAGAUUAGCGCCUCUAUCGACAAUGAUUCCAUUAUAUCUGAAGAUGACGAAUAUGAACUACGUAAAUAUAUACAGAAAACGGAAGAAAAGGAGGAAAGACAAAAAAGCAAAACAGAAAAAAAAUCUCUCAUUAAACAGUCGAAUGUGGAUGCUGGAUAUGAUAGCUGUCCAGAGACAAGCAGUCAAAGAAUUUCACUUGCUUCUGUAAAGAAUGCAUUUACUGUAAAAGCACAAAAUACUCGUAAAACAAGUAUAAUUGUCCACAGAAAGAAAACACCAUCAACCUGCACAAUUAACAACUCAUUCAGAGAAGCCUAUUUUAACUUACGGAACGACGAGGAGGACUUUGAUUCUGCCAUCAAACGAUCUCGACGAGACACACCGGUUCAUGGUCGACUCGGCGUACCAGUCAAAAGUACAUGGCGUUCAACUUCGGAACUACUACGAGAAGACACUGUAGAGGAGAAUGCAUACCUUGGAAUACCGAGAACGAGGCUGAGAAGUGAAUCAUUGAUGCCGGCAACGAGUCUCUGCGGAAGUAACGAUGCACUGUUACUGAUACCCAAUAAAAACGAAGAGGAAGAAGAUCUGAACUGUAUUCAGCAAUAUAACCCAAUAAAAACUGGAUUGUCAGAGAGAAACAACUCAUUUCCGAAUGAAACUGUUUUCAAAAGUAGGAGGAAAACGGUUACUUUCGGAAUACCCUUGACGUUUGGAAAAUCACGUAAAGAGAGAUGUUUAUCCCUUUCUGGAAUAGACGGUAAUUUCAUGGGACUUAUAUGAAAAACAGAAUACGCAAUGCCUGUUGCCGACUACUUAUGCCAGUUGCUGAAUAUGUAUUGCCAAGUGC